AUGGAAUCCAAGGACGGUGCAGACGAGCAUCACAGCCCGCCAGACACGGCAGCGGCGGUAGGAGCAGCAGCAGCAGCAGCAGCAGCAGCACGAUCAGAAAGCGCAGCGUCUUCGUCGUCGCCGUCGCCGUCCCCGCCAUCGGCGCCGCGGGCCAACGAAGGCGAGCCGACGUCAUCGGCGGAAGGAGCUGAGGAGGACUACGAUGUCACCCCCCCCGCGACGAGACCAACCGCCCUGCCGCCGGCCGCCGUCGAUCCCAACAUCGACAUGGCAGUUGACGGGCCAGUCGGUGCUGCGGCACCAAGUGUGGCUUCGUCUUGGAGCGCGACUUCGGAUCGACAACUUGGAUAUGGGAGCGCUAGCAGCACCGCUGACCCUGCCGACCGUGUCUUCCCCAUCCGGUCCAUGGUCAGCGUUGACCAGUCGCAAACGACGCCAUGGCCUUCACGCUUGUCAGGCGAGCAAGAGUACUUUUCUCGUGCUGACAGCGCAUCCGGGCGUCGGCCCAGUAACAUGCGACUCGACACGGAUAUUGAGGGUCUGAGACGCUCCGAAACUAUGCCGGCCACCCCCGCGUCGUCGAGGCGAAAAAACACCGCCAGAGAUCCUGAAGGCUCAAACCCGCCCACGGCUAGGAGGGGAAGAAAGAGUACAUUAUCGGAAUCAGUCGGGAGUCCCACCAGCGACAGUCACAUGCCGAACAUGUUCAAUGACCACUCUUCGAACGGCGAUUCGGAAUCUCAGCACGGAUCGGUUCAUGCAGCCGAUAAUUCCUUUGGUGGCCGUAGGACGCCAGGCGAACUCAGUGAACAGCUAUAUGCCACACGCUUCAAGCACGUCAAGACGGAUGACGGGCAUUGUGUCAUUACGGGCAGAGAUGGGACUUUGCAGCAUUGCGAGGAUGAGCCCAUUCAUACGCCAGGCGCCGUGCAGUCCUUCGGGCUAUUGGUAGCCUUGAAGGAAGAGAGCGAUGGCCGUUUCACCGUCCGGAUCACCAGUGAAAACGCCGGCCGUGUCAUCGGGUACUCGCCGCAACAACUCUUCAGACUCAACAACUUUCUGGAUUUAUUCAGCGAGGAGCAGGCAGACAACAUACUUGAUCAUAUCGACUUUAUUCGGGACGAAGAUGCUGAUGUGGCUACAAAUGGGCCCGAAGUCUUCAGUGUUUCAGUGCGUCCCCCGGGAACCAGAAGCGUAAGGUUAUGGUGCGCCAUGCACAUAACCCCCUCGCAUCCAGACUUAAUCGUAUGCGAGUUUGAACUGGAGGAUGAUCAUGACUACCCUCUCCGUUCCGCUGAUGACAUGACACCCCCGGCCCCAGAGGAUACGCUUUAUCAGAACCCCACUCUGGAGGAGUUUACCGAAAGCACCGAAGUCAGUAGCAGGCCCCUCAGAGUCCUUCGAAGUGCUCGGAAGAAGCGAGGCGAAGCGGGUGCUAUGCAGGUUUUCGACAUGAUGUCUCAGGUCCAGGAGCAGCUUGCCGCGGCCCCCAACCUCGAAAAGUUUCUGAAGAUCCUCGUAGGGAUCGUCAAGGAGCUGACCGGCUUCCACAGAGUCAUGAUUUACCAGUUCGAUUCGUCCUUCAACGGAAAAGUUGUCACUGAACUCGUCGAUCCCACCCAAACACGCGAUUUGUACAAGGGCCUCCAUUUUCCGGCGUCCGACAUCCCUAGACAGGCUCGUGAGCUCUACAAGAUCAACAAGGUUCGCUUAUUGUACGACCGAGAUCUAGAGUCAGCCCGCCUGGUCUGUCGGACUGUGGAGGAUGUUGAAAUACCCUUGGAUCUCACCCAUGCAUACCUUCGAGCCAUGUCCCCCAUCCAUCUCAAAUACCUCAAAAACAUGGCUGUCCGAGCGUCAAUGUCCAUCUCCAUUAAUGCAUUCGAUGAGUUGUGGGGCUUGAUUGCCUGCCACUCGUACGGCAACCGUGGCAUGCGGGUGGCAUUUCCGAUUCGGAAAAUGUGCCGACUGAUAGGCGAUACGGCGUCGAGAAAUAUCGAACGGUUGUCAUAUGCUUCCCGCUUGCAAGCCAGGAAACUGAUCAACACGGUUCCCACGGACAAGAGCCCCUCAGGCUACAUCAUCGCUUCAUCUGAGGAUCUGUUGAAGCUUUUUGACGCCGACUUCGGUAUGCUGUCAAUACGUGGCGAGACAAAGAUUCUGGGAAAGCUUGAGAGGUCCUCAGAGGCCAUUGCUAUGCUCGAAUAUCUGCGGGUCCGCAAGUUUACAUCGGUGGUGACAUCGCAAGAUAUCAAGGAUGAUUUCCCCGACCUUCGCUAUCCACCCGGCUUCACUGUUGUGGCUGGAUUGCUGUACGUUCCACUGAGCGUAGGGGGCCACGAUUUUAUCGUUUUCUUCCGAAAGGGCCAGGUAAAGGAGGUUAAGUGGGCCGGCAACCCCUACGAAAAAGUUAUCAAGGAAGGGACGUCAGAAUACUUGGAGCCUCGAACAAGUUUUCAGGUGUGGCACGAGACUGUGCUUGGAAAAUGUAGAGAGUGGACGGAAGAACAAAUUGAGACUGCCGCGGUACUCUGCUUGGUCUAUGGCAAAUUCAUCGAGGUCUGGCGACAAAAGGAGCAAGCGUUGCAAAACAGUCGUCUCACACGGCUGCUUCUGGCCAAUUCUGCACACGAAGUUCGCACGCCACUGAAUGCCAUCAUCAACUACCUAGAGAUUGCGUUGGAGGGGUCGCUAGAUCAGGAAACCAGAGACAACCUGGCCAAGUCUCAUUCGGCUUCUAAAUCUUUGAUAUACGUCAUCAAUGACCUGCUCGACCUGACCAAGACCGAGGAAGGUCAAGAACUCAUCAAGGACGAAGUACUGGAUUUGCAGGCUUGUCUGAGGGAGGCCACCGAGCCGUUCAAAAUUGACGCAAAGAGGAAAGGAAUCGAGUAUGAGGUCAUCGAGCACCCCGGUCUACCUCGUUGGAUUCACGGCGACCAUCGACGAAUACGUCAGGCGAUUGUCAACAUGACCGCAAAUGCCAUGGAGCACACAACUGAAGGUUUUGUGAAGGUCGAGGUCUUUGUGACGGAGGUUGAUGGUACCAGGCUCAAGAUUGAGAUCGUUGUCCAAGAUAGCGGACGAGGCAUGAGUAACGAGAAGCUCGAUGCUUUGUUCCGCGAGUUGGAACAAGUCACCACAGAUGAAGACGAAGGCAGGAGUCUGGAAGACGAGAUGGAGAAACCACGUUCGGAACGCACUCUUGGUCUCGGACUUGCUGUUGUAGCGAGGAUCGUUCGGAACAUGGAUGGCCAAUUACGCCUUAAAUCCGAGGAGGGUAUCGGAUCCAGAUUUGUCAUCCAGCUGCCACUUGAGAUUCCGACCCCUGAGUCACUCGAACAAGCCGAGGCUGGUGAAACAAACAAGACUCAGAAAAGUACACACUCGAUCGCUCCCUCUGUCACUAAGUCUCUACCUCCCGUGGAGGAUGGCGAGGUUACUCUGGUCGAUCGGGGUGCGAUCAAUACUCAUCCGUCGAUGCAGUCACUCAGAGAGCGAAAGAGUUUCGACGAAGCUAGUAGCGUGCAGAGCCUGAAAAGUGGUACUAGCAUUGGUAGUGGCGGCAGCAAUAGGAGCGACGCUGAUCGCCUUAUUGAUGCUUUACAGACCCCCCUCCCAUUCGGCGAAGGAGAGCAUGGAGGUAGCGCUGGUUUGCGACGUCAUCCUUCAAAAGAAUCCUCACAUUCUCACCGUUACUCCAACAGCAGUAUACGUUCGUUACCUGGGGCCGCCGCAUCGGUCGAAACGCGUCCUUCCCCGCCAGGAAGAUCAUUCACAUCUCCUCCAGGGGAAAUAGCAACGUUGUCUGCCGGCCCUGAGAGGACACAAGUUACCGACUCAAAGACGCCAGUUGCACCGAUCAAGAUUCCGGACGAGUACCAAGAUCUCCCAUCGUCCAAUCCCCAGGUCGAGCAAUCUUCUCGAGUACUUUUUGAACUUCCGGACAAGAGUGAGACAGAGCAGAAACCAAAAGACAAUUCGCCGCUUGCCGGGUUUUCGGGGAAAUUGCAAGUCCUCAUAGCAGAGGACGAUCCUGUCAAUAUGAGGAUACUCCGAAAGCGGCUCGAGAAGACUGGACACGAAGUCUCCCAUUCGGUGAACGGAGAGGAUUGCGCAGCUGUUUACAGUGAAAGACCUCAAGAUUUCGAUGUCAUCUUGAUGGAUAUGCAGAUGCCAAUAGUGGAUGGUCUGAAUAGCACCAAGAUGAUCAGAUCUUUUGAGCAAUCAGAUAAGUGCCCGGGUCUGUCCACACUCGGAAAGUUUCAAGGCCGAGUGCCUAUUUUUGCCGUUUCGGCAUCCCUCGUGGAACGGGAGAGGCGCACCUACAUCGAUGCCGGAUUUGAUGCUUGGAUUCUGAAACCUAUUGAUUUCAAGAGGUUGAACACCCUGCUGGCUGGCAUCACGGAUGAUGACGUGCGCGACGACUGCCUGUAUGUGACAGGGCAGUGGGAACGUGGAGGCUGGUUUGGAAGCCGCAGCACAUCCAACGAUGUCACACCAAUGGGACCUGACCAUGAGCGCGAGCUUACUUCUCCGGCGUAA